CAUACGUAUAGUAUAUAUCUGCAUUCACACUGAACUAUUAGAUGUACUUCAAUAUUCCACGACGUAGGCCAGACAUAUAUAUACCUCAACCCGGAACCAUGAAUAUUUGUCGUUGAUGACUCAUUCCAUCACUGAAAUGAGUGGCCGUUGAGAAGGAGAAAUUGGUGCUGUCAUAUCGAGAUCUGUGAGUUGUUUUGUUUAAGGAAUAAAAAACCACCAACUGGAGCAGCUGUGACUGUGAGGUAGGGUUUGGUGGGUGGAGGAUAUCUUCGAUCUUUACCCUUGGGUGCGCUGGCCUAGCUGCUUUAGUUUUGAUUUGGAAAAACUGUCGAUAAUUGUUAAACAUGCCAUUUCAGGAAGUUAUUCUCCAACUUACCCUUUCUGCAUGUAUCUUCCCCUAAACCCUACGAUAAACUAAACAAUAAUACCAUCAAUGUGCCGCCAAAAAAAAAAAUUCACGCAUAUGGGUCCAUUAAACACCCACCACUACCUUAUAAUUCCACUUUUCUUUUUCUCCCACACCUUAAAUAUAACAUAAGAGAUCGACAUCCAUGAUCCAUCCCAUCAUCAUUGAAACAAACCUCAAAAAUCACGAGAGUGAUCAAGUAUAAGUUCCUUGAUGGGGGUUGAGCAUCAUCUUCGUCACGCUAAUAAUAGCUCGUCGCCAUAUUGCUUGGCCACGACUCUUCUUCUCCUCGUCCUUGUGCUAACAAUCUCGACGAGUACUACUACUGCAACAACGCCACAUCAACGGCCGCCGGCUGAAGGGCUGAAUAGUUGGAAGCAGGCGCCGCCAGCACCCCCCGCGGUUGGUUUGGGUUACCGGUACAGUAGUUCGAAAGCAGUGGACGGAGAUGCCUUCAGGCCGACCAAUCGAGGCCAUAGCCCUGGAGUGGGUCACGACAGCCCGCCGACUGCUCCCUGAAGCUGCCCGGCCGGCCGGCCGGCUGCUGCAUGCCCUAGAGUGAUGAGCACGCGUUUCUAUCUUUUUGCCCCUCUUGUCUUUACUCUUUUGGUGUAUCUGUUUUCCUUUUCUUUUUGUCUUCUUCUCAAAUUUUUUGCCAAGUUUUUGGAAGAUACGUACUAGGUAUUCUGCUUCUCGGAUUUACAUCCCCUAAAGUUGGGAAGCAAGGUGCUUCUGUUUCUUUUUUUUUUUUUUUCCCCAGGUGUUGCUAUGUAAGAUAACAGAAAUUGUAUGAAUUGAAUAUCCUCAAGUUUGGGUGAUAUAUAUUUUUAGAUAAUAAAAUAACAAAAUUGAGGGGUUGUAAGUAAUUGUAACCCUUAAUAGCUCCCUCCACCAAUGCUUUGUUAGGCUUUUAUCAUUUGAAAGUAUUUCCCAGCACAACGAACUUAUAGUACGUCGUCAACAUACAAUUAGAAAAUGAUUAGGAAUUAAGGAAUCUUAUUUAGUCGUAGACUAGUCAGACCAUUCACCUACUAAUAUAAUGAUUAAUAACAUAAAUGGUACAUACAAUAGUAUGAGCCAGGGGCGGAGCUAGGAUUUAACGAUCGGGGGGGCCGAAGUUUUCGUAAAACGUUAUCGUAAAAGACUAAAAAAAUAGUUUUGUUUUAUUAUAACCACAACAAUAAAUACAUUAAGUUCAA